AUGACUGACACAAAGAAGAUUGUUGUUUUGGGCGGCGACCACGUCGGCCCCGAGGUCACUGCCGAAGCAGUCAAGGUCUUGAAGGCGGUUGAAGCUGCUAGUAAGGGUAAAUUUGCCUUUGACUUCCAAGAACACCUCAUUGGCGGUGCUGCAAUCGAUGCUACAGGUGACCCUCUUCCUGACGCUUCGCUUGAAGCAGCAAAGGGAGCAGACGCUGUUCUUCUCGGCGCUGUUGGUGGUCCUAAAUGGGGCACCGGAAGCGUUCGUCCCGAGAUGGGUCUGCUCAAAAUCCGGAAAGAACUCAAUCUGUACGCCAACCUGCGUCCCUGCAACUUUGCUGCUGAGGACCUGCUCAAGCUGAGUCCAUUGAAAGAGGACAUUGUGCGAGGCACUGAUAUUCUGGUGGUCCGUGAGCUUGUUGGCGGUAUUUACUUUGGCGAGCGUGCCGAGGAUGAUGGCUCUGGCGUCGCUUGGGACACCGAAAAGUACUCGGUUGACGAGGUCGCCCGAAUCACCCGCAUGGCUGGCUUUUUGGCCCGUCAAUCCAACCCCCCUCUGCCCGUGUGGAGUCUGGACAAGGCCAAUGUGCUUGCAUCAAGCCGUUUAUGGCGUAAGACUGUGACCGAAGUCAUGGAAAAAGAGUUCCCCGAGCUGACCCUCCAGCACCAGCUCAUCGACUCGGCAGCUAUGAUUCUCAUCAAGAACCCCACUCAGCUCAAUGGCAUCGUUAUCACUUCCAAUAUGUUUGGUGACAUCAUUUCGGAUGAAGCCUCGGUUAUUCCUGGAUCUUUGGGUCUUCUGCCCUCGGCCUCUCUGUCCAGCUUGCCUGACACCAACACUGCGUUCGGUCUUUAUGAGCCCUGCCAUGGAACUGCUCCUGACUUGCCGGCGAAUAAAGUCAAUCCAGUGGCCACGAUUCUUUCUGCCGCCAUGAUGCUUCGUCUGUCCUUGAAUUUGACCAAACAGGCCGACGCCGUCGAGCAGGCUGUCCGUAACGUUUUGGGCAAAGGCAUCCGCACCGGCGACUUGGGCGGAUCCAAUUCUACUACUGAUGUAGGAAACGCGGUGGCUGAGGAGGUCACCAAACUUUUGAGCUAG